UGUGACGCAAAUGCCGCCGCGCCGGAAGCCUCGCUGGUGGUGAGUUGGUGGUGGACUUGCCUGCGUGCCCUGUAAGGCUGGCCGGGGAGUCGCCAUGGCGCCCAAAGGAAAGGUAGGAACCAAAGGCAAAAAGCAGAUAUUUGAAGAAAACAAGGAUACACUCAAGUUCUACCUACGAAUCAUCCUGGGGGCGAAUGCCAUUUACGGAAUUGUCAAUCUUGGGGUCUUCUACAUAACAGCCACCAUUUGGACGUGGGUUGCCUUUGUGUUCAGCUUGAUGGUCUAUGGGGCCAGCUACCAAUCCAUGAGGUCAAUGGCCAAGCCUACUUUUGGAGAGGGCGGCAGCCUUGCCGAUGGCGGGAUUGAUCUGAAUAUGGAGCAGGGAAUGGCAGAGCAUCUGAAGGAUAUGAUUUUGCUUACCGCCAUUGUCCAAGUGCUCAGUUGUUUUUCCCUCUAUAUGUGGUACUUUUGGCUCUUGGCUCCGGGGCGAGCGCUCUAUCUCCUUUGGGUUAACCUUCUGGGUCCUUGGCUCACCGCGGAAUCACCGGCUGCCAACCAAGAGCCCAAUGAGAAGAAACAGCGCCGGCAAGAACGCCGGCAGAUGAAGCGGUUUUAAGCUGCGCUCCUGAGCGCAAAUGUCAGGCCACCUCGGGGUCUGCUGUUUUAUCAGGGAUUUGAACCAAUCGGAAAACAUCAGGGGAUUUUGUUUUGCCCCCUCCUUUGCUCUUCCCCUGACACCUGUCCAUCCUAAGGCUACAUGCUUGCAAUGGGAGGAGUCCGGGGGGGGGGGGGAGACCCCCAGGCAAAUCGUUUCACUUCUUUUUCCGCCUUAGGGCAGAGGGAGGGGGACCGCGGGGAGAGGGCUGCCGAUGUGUAAAUACCUUUCUCAAAUGAUGCUGUAAUAUGAAUCGGACGAUGAGGGUCUUUCAGUGUUGGAAGCCAGGACGCAUUAAAGAGACAGCCGCACGCACAAAACGUUUGCCCUGCGAGGGCUUGCAGUUUGCGUGGGUUUCCUUUGGUCUUUUCA